CACCACCUAUAACUAUUGAUGCUUUUGUAGAAGCUUCUUCCCACUUCUCCAAAUCUCCCUCCCAUGGAUUCUAUAAUUCUCCUUGUUCUUGCAUUUCUCUUCACUCAUCCACUUUCUCUCAUAGCUCAACCAACAACUCCGGUCUCCCACAUCAACGUAGUGGGUGUUGUUUAUUGUGAUAUCUGCUCCAGCAACACUUUAUCUAGACACAGCUACUUCUUGCCAGGUGCGGAUGUUCAAAUCCAAUGCAAAUUCAAUGCACAAUCACCAAAAACCACGGAACAGAUCUUGUUUUCAGUCAACAGAACCACGGAUAAACAUGGAGUAUAUAAGCUAGAAAUACCGACUGUUGAUGGGGUUGACUGCGUAGAAGGUUUAGCAGUGACAUCACUGUGCCAGGCAAGCUUAAUAGGGAGCUCAUCUUCAGCCUGCAACGUCCCUGCUUCAAAGGUCACAUCAAAUGUGAUCACAGUCAAGUUUAAGCAAGAUAAGCUCUGUAUAUACAAUUUGAAUGCACUGAGUUACAAGCCAUCUAAGAAGAAUGCCACCUUAUGUGGAAAUCAGGAGGAAUUGCUAAGCUCUUUGAACUCCUCAAAGUGCUUUCUUCCUUACUUCCCACCAUCUGUAUUCCCUUGGCCCCCUUUACCUAAAUUACCCUUCCCUCCUUUGCCACCCCUCCCUCCACUGCCACCUUUCCCAUCACUACCCUUCCCUCCACUGCCACCUUUCCCAUCACUGCCCUUCCCUCCACUGCCACCUUUUCCAUCUUUUCCCUUCCCUCCACUACCAUUUCCAAACCCACCAUCUUUGCCCUUUCCAUUCCCGCAACUCCCUCCUUUUCCUCCUACUCCAUCUCUUCUUUCCCCACCCCCUCCACCUGCAUUUAAUCUAAGAGACCCAAGAACUUGGAUACCCAAUAUCCCUUCAUUCUCUCCUCCUCCACCACCAGCAUUUGAUCUUAGAGACCCAAGAACUUGGAUACCAUACAUCCCCCCAUCCCCUCCUAAUAGCCCACAAACCCAAAAUCCAUAGUGAUAGUUCACUUAUUUUCUUCAAUUAUAUCAAAUACUAUGUUUGGUAUUUAUUGUAUCAAUGUUGGAAGCCAAUGCAUAUAGAAAAUACAAUAUAUUUUGCCUAA